AGAUGGGAACUUCCUCCAUAAAUAGCUUCACCUCCGUCUAUCCUAAACACCACCACUUCUUUACAAUCAUUCCUUUCUCUCAAAGUAAAAAAGAAGUAUUGGUAACUCUUCUUACUAUAGCUCGCAACUUUCUUUACAUUUCUUCAAGAAAUUAAAACUUACCACAAUGGCCAUCAGAAGAUCGAACAAGCAGUCCCAAGCUGCAAUCUUGAAGCAAAUUUUGAAAAGGUGUUCGAGUUUGAUUAAGAAGAACAGCUAUAAGGACGAAGACCACCUUCCCCUUGACGUGCCCAAAGGACAUUUUGCAGUUUACGUGGGAGAAAAUCGAACUCGAUACAUCGUACCUAUUUCAUUUUUGACUCAUCCUGAGUUUCAAUGCCUCCUUCGACAAGCUGAGGAAGAAUUUGGGUUCCAUCAUGACAUGGGAAUUACUAUUCCAUGUGAAGAAUUCAUUUUCCAAUCACUCACAUCUAUGUUGAUGAGAUAGUAAAAUAUUGGCCAAGAAGAAAAAAGAGUGAAUAUUAAUUAGGUGUAAGUUUAAAUUUUAUAGAGAAGAAGGAUGGGUUCAAGAUGAAGCAAUUUUAAUUAGUCCAUUUUGCUUCUCUUUUUUUAUGUAACAUAUUUCUUCACUUUC